CGCGCAAUUUUCUUGCAUAUAUGAAAUGUGUUGUGUGGUUGGUAGCUUGGUAGAUUCUUCAAAGAGGAAUGGGAAUUCAGGGGUUUUUGCCGCUAUUGAAAUCGAUUAUGGUUCCAAUCAAUAUCAAGGACUUGAAGGGUUGUUCAGUAGCGGUAGACACCUAUUCUUGGCUCCACAAAGGUGCCCUUUCUUGCAGCACCGAACUCUGCAAAGGGAUACCCACUACCAGGCACAUCGAGUAUUGCAUGCACAGAGUCAAUUUGCUGCGCCAUUAUGGGGUUAAGCCCAUUCUAGUGUUUGAUGGAGGACUUCUGCCAAUGAAGAGUGAACAAGAGAUCAAGCGUGCCAGGGUUAGAAAGGAUAAUUUUGCACGUGCAGUUGAACACGAGUCAGAUGGAAAUUCAACUGCUGCUUAUGAGUGCUACCAGAAAGCAGUUGAUAUUUCUCCCCAAGUUGCUCGUGAACUAAUUCAGGUAUUGAAGCAGGAGAAUGUGCAGUAUAUUGUUGCUCCUUAUGAGGCAGAUGCCCAGCUGACAUUCUUGGCAAUUAGUGGACAAGUUGAUGUAGUUAUAACUGAAGAUUCUGAUCUUAUACCAUUUGGCUGCCCUAGAAUUCUCUUUAAAAUGGACAAGUUUGGUCAAGGAGUUCAGUUCCAGUACUCUAUGCUACAAAAGAAUAAGGAGCUCAGUUUUGAAGGGUUCAACAGACAAAUGGUUCUUGAAAUGUGUAUUUUAAGUGGCUGUGACUAUCUCCAGUCCUUGCCAGGUAUGGGUCUUAAAAGAGCCCAUGCAAGCAUAAAAAAAUUUGGAAGUUAUGACAAGGUACUUAAGCACUUGAGAUACAGUGGAGUUUCUGUGCCUCCCUUGUAUGAAGAGUCAUUCAAGAAGGCUAUACGUACUUUCCAAUAUCAACGGGUUUAUGAUCCAAUUAAUGAAAAUAUUGUCCAUUUGUCUAAUAUACCAGAUGAUAUUGGUGACGAGUUAGACUUUUUAGGCCCACCCAUUCCAAAAGAAAUAGCACAAAGAAUAGCAAAAGGGGAUCUUGAUCCAAUUACCAAAAUGCCAUUUGAGGGAGAGAAUCUUACAGCCAGAUUGACAAUUGCAGGAACUAGUCAAUUUGAAACUCCUCGUUCUGGAAGUACAAAGAAAAAGAUUGAUUUGCCUGUGCAGAAGAAUCUCUUGACCAAGUAUUUUUGUGUUGUUUCACUUGAAGCAAAAAGGAAAUUCAGAGCACCUCGGGUGUCCCCUACUGCUGCUAAUGAAACAAAGAACCGUACUGCAUCAAUCAUUGACUAUGAGAAUUUGGCCAAUGCCCGUCAUCCUAAUAGCCAUACUGAAUGUGAUUCUGCCAAAAAACUAUCAGAAUUUACAGAGUCUCCAUAUCAUGUUUCUAUGAUCCAUGAGGAGAAGAAAAACCCUGAACAUGCAGUACUGCAACAGCCUAGGCAGCCUAUUCAUAAACCAUGUUUGGGUUUGAAUAAGGAGCAUGGUAACACUGAUAUCCAAGACACAGUAGAAGAGAAAACCAGGGAGGUAUCUAGAAAGGUUAUUGUUAGAAGUGCUUAUUUUCAGCACAAGCAAGUGGACAAGAAUGCUUGUGAUGAAAAACUUGAGUACCAAUCCUCUGGCAUUGUCACUGAUGAGAGAAAAAAAGUCAUAUCUUACAGUGAUUUAUGUAAUGAUCAUUUGAAGAAUAAAGACCAGGAACUCCAUGACAAAGUUGAAGGAAAAACCAGGGAGACAACAAGAAAGGUAAUUGUAAGGAGCGCUUAUUUUCAGCACAAACAAGUGGAAAAGAAUGUUCUUGACGAGAAACAAGAGUACCAAUCCUCUGACAUUGUCAUUGAUGAGAGAAAAAAUGCCAUAUCUGACAGCUAUUUAUGUAAUAACCAUUUGAAGAAUAAAGAUCAGGGAUUCCAUGACAUAGUUGAAGGUAAAACCAGGGAUACAACUAGAAAGGUAAUUGUAAGGAGUCCUUAUUUUCAGCACAAGCAAGUAGAAAAGAAUGUUUGUGAUGAAAAACAAGAUUACCUGUCCUCUGGCAUAGUCAUUGACAACAGAAGUGCCAUGUCUGACAGUGAUUUAUGUAACAACCAUUUGAAGAAUAAAGACUUGAAAAGGAAGCUUUCUCCUGAUGACAAUAUUCAAAAUGAAAAUUUGCAUCCUAGGCAAAUGCAGCGUGCUUCACCUCCUCAAAGUAAUGGUAUAAAUCAAUUUGAAGAAAUACUAGUGGGUUUCACCUUCACAAGUGAAAUAGCUAGUUGCUGUGAUCACGACGUCGAAGGACCAGUCACAGAGAAUAAUGGUGAAGAAGAAAAAUUCGGGACAAACAUUUCCCAUUUGGGCCAGUAUUCAGAAAUAGCUGAGAAGUCUAUGGAAAGAUUUGUCUCUGUUAUAUCAUCCUUUAGGUGCACUUCUGGUACUCGUGUCAGUGGUCUCCGAGCUCCCCUGAAAGAUGUUCGAAACACUUCCGAUAAUAGGCCAAAAACUGCGGACUUUGGACAAUAUGCAUAUGUGCCAAAGCACACAAAGAUUAGAAGAAUAGCUCCUGGGAAUUAAUUCAAGUUGUUUAAAGAGAACUUCAUUUGAGGUAUAUCUCAUCAUUUCAACACCAUUCUGCCCCAGCCAAGACCUGCAUUGAGUUAAUUUUUCUUUGGCAGCAGUAAAUUGUAUUCUUGAUGUAACCAUUCAUCAGCCUGAAAAUUGGUCAUCUUGUUUUUUCCAUUUAAUACCACACUAAGUAUAAAACUUGGUUCAAGAGCGUUAAUGAGACAGUGAAAGCUUGGCUAGGCGGCUAUUGUUCUAACUAUUUGUAUGUCCCUGAACAAGUGUAUGCCUCCAUGUUUUGUAUUCUCAUUUAUUGAUAUCAAUUGAAGAAUAGAAACAUUAAUUUUCUGUU